CGAGCCCCCCCCCCCCACGCCGACAUCACCAAUUCCCCCUCCUCUUUUCCCCCCUCCUUUUUCCUCGCGCGCUCUGCUCUUCCAUCCAUCGCGCCCCCUCCCCACAGUAUCCCUCGUGCGGUCACUGAGGCGCUCCCUCGAGCGCUGCCUCCUGAUUGGCUCGCGAGCGAGAGACUUCAGGCUCCUUCCCUCCUCCCCCCCUUUUCCUGCUCGGCCGCCACAGGGCGCGCGCGCGCUCUCCCCCUCUCCUCUUAUUGGGCGGCCAGCGAGAAGAGCGCGCGCCUGGCGGGACUCGCUCCCGUGUGCUUGCGCGGGGCCUACGUGCCGCGUUUUGUUUCCUCCGCCAGGACAAGGAGGCCGCCUUGCCUGCCGGCCUUUUUCGGUUUACGGGUGGGUUUUUUUUCGCCCGUCCGGAGUUUUCGGCCCCCUCCUCGACGGCCGGCCCGUCUUGGCCUUCCUUUCGCUUGCCCGUUUCCCCUUCCGGGCCAGGCGGGGUCGGCUUCGAGCCGCCGUUCUCGACGGGCCGCCCCGCGCUCGGCGGCGCCCUUUCCCCCUUAGCUUCCUCUCAGGAAAGCCUUUGACGCCGGAGCGGGGCCGAGGUCGCUCGCGCGCCGCCGUUCCCUCCUCUCGGCUCCCUCGCGCGUCCCCGGAGGCGGGAGCGGGGGGCUAAGACUGCGGCACCCGGCCCUUUCGCCGCCGCCGCCGCCGCCAUGUUGAAACAGCCGCUGCCGCCGCCCUCCCCUCAGCCCGGCUCUCCCGCCUCGGGCCCGCAGCCGCCCACCGCGCCGACACCGCCGCCUCCUCCCGCCGUCGCCGCUUCGCGGAAGCCCAACCCGCCCCUCGCCAGUCCCAACGGCAGCCUCAGCCCCGGCGCUGCUGGAGGAGUGAGAGCCGCCACGGUGGCGCCCCCCGGCGGAGGAGCAGGAGGCCCCCCUGGAGGAAGUGGCACCAGGGGUCAGAGCACAGGCAAAGGACCUCCACAGUCUCCGGUCUUUGAGGGUGUCUACAACAAUUCCCGAAUGCUGCACUUCCUGACAGCUGUUGUGGGCUCCACGUGUGAUGUAAAGGUGAAAAACGGAAGCACCUAUGAGGGAAUUUUUAAAACAUUGAGCUCCAAGUUUGAGAUGGCUGUGGAUGCCGUGCACAAGAAGGUGCCUGAUCAACCAGUAGGGCCCAAACGGGAGGAUAUUGUGGACACAAUGGUCUUCAAGCCUGCCGACGUCAUGCUCGUGCACUUCCGCAAUGUCGAUUUUAACUACGCCACCAAAGAUAAGUUCACAGAUUCUGCCAUCGCCAUGAAUUCAAAGGUGAAUGGAGAGCACAAGGAGAAGGUUCUGCAGCGCUGGGAAGGGGGAGACAGCAACAGCGACGACUAUGACUUGGAAUCCGAUAUGUCUAAUGGCUGGGACCCAAAUGAGAUGUUCAAGUUCAAUGAGGAGAAUUACGGCGUGAAGACCACCUAUGACAGCAGCCUCUCCUCUUACACGGUACCCCUUGAGAAAGAUAAUUCAGAGGAAUUCCGGCAGCGAGAGGCCAGGGCUGCCCAGCUGGCUCGGGAAAUCGAGUCAAGCCCACAGUACCGGCAACGCAUCGCCAUGGAGAACGAUGAUGGGCGCACAGAAGAAGAGAAACACAGUUCCGUGCAGAGACAAGUAUCGGGGAGGGACAGCCCAAGUCUGGCAUCCAGAGAUGGCAAAUACAUACCACUUCCCCAGCGUGUCAGAGACAGCGCACGAGGAGGCAUGCGUUGCAGCAGCUCUCGUGGCGGGAGGCCAGGCAUGGGUUCAUUACCACCCCGUGGCAGUGGACAUCAUCCAGACAGCAGCCCUGGUUCCAUCCCAGAGCAGCGAGGAAUCAAUGGAGGCACAUCAAGAAUGUCUCCAAAAUCUCAGCGACCCCUCCGGGGGGCCAAGACUAUGUCUUCCCCUUCCAACCGGCCCAUGGAAGUCUCAGCUGCAUCUCCAACAGUGGGCCGUGUCUAUCCUCCUCGUUCGCCCAAAUCUGUCUCGGCUGUGCCAGUCUCUUCCCAGGACUCCCCCAUGGGAUCAACUGUCCCUGCUGCUCCUGCAUCACCCUCUGAAUCGAGAACUGCCUUGGAGCCUAGUGCUUCCCCAACCCCGCCUUCACCCAAGGUGCUGACAUCUGCCCCUAUAGCUGCUGUUGAGGUUAAAGAGGUGCCUAGCUCUGCCGCCAAAGAACCCAGCAGGACCUUGGAAGUUAUGGGGCCCUCAGACCUGGUUAAACAGACCAGCAAAGGACUCCAAAAUGAACAAAAGAGGAAUCAACUGGAGGAGCUGCGCAAGUUUGGAGCCCAGUUCAAGCUUCAGCCCAGCUCUUCCUCAGAAGCUUCCCUGGACCCUUUCCGGCCCAAGGAGACGCUGGAAGGGAAAGUGAAGGACAAGCCACCAGAAGCAUUGGUGGGGGCAGGGGGCACGUGUGAAGUGCCUGAUGAAUCCCCCAAAACCACUCUAGAGCUACCUGAGGGCAGCAAUAAGGAGGAGAAGGGACCCUGCGAAGGUAUGGAACGCCAGACCCAGACAGCCAGCCCUCCAGGCAAAGGCGACACAGAUGACAAGGAGGAUGGCCCCGUCUCAGAGCAGGUGAAGAAGUCCACACUGAACCCGAAUGCAAAGGAAUUUAACCCCUCCAAGACGCUUCUGUCUGUGAACAAGUCAACAAGUACGCCCACUUCACCAGGACCACGCACCCACUCUACGCCCUCCAUCCCAGUGAUCGCAGCGGGGCAAGGUGGCAUGUACAGUCCGCAGUACAUCUCUUACAUCCCACAGAUUCACAUGAGCCCAGCUGUGCAGGCUCCCCAGAUGUACCCGUAUCACGUUUCCAACUCUGUGCCUGGACAGCAGGGGAAGUACCGAGCCAAAGGCUCCCUACCCCAGCAGCGCUCGGACCAGCACCAGCCGACUUCGGCGCCUCCCAUUAUGCAGGCUGCAGCAGCUGCAGGCCCCCCUCUGGUGGCUGCCACGCCGUAUUCCUCAUACAUCUCUUACAAUCCCCAGCAGUUCACAGGGCAGCCCACCAUGAUGCAGCCCAUGGCACACUACUCCUCGCAGCCUGUCUUCGCCCCCAUGCUGCAGAGCAACCCGCGCAUGAUGACGUCCGGCAGCCACCCCCAGGCCAUCGUGUCGUCAUCCACUCCUCAGUACCCCCCGACGGAGCAACCAACGCCCCAGACGCUCUAUGCCACAGUGCAUCAGUCGUAUCCCCACCAUGCCACACAGCUGCAUCCACAUCAGCCUCAGCCAGCCACCACGCCCACGGGCAACCAACAGCAAGCGCAACAUGCUGCCCCCAGCCCUGUGCAGCACCAGCCUGGACAGCCUCCUCACUUGGCCAGCGCCCAGCAGCAGCAGAACCUGUACCACACGGCCACGCUGACGGCUACGCCCCCUUCCAUAACGCCAGGGCCGAGCGCUCAGUCUCCACAAAGCAGCUUUCCCCAGCCGGCUGUGUACGCCAUCCAUGCUCACCAGCAGCUACAGCAUGGCUAUGCCAACAUGACCCAUGUAACCCAGGCCCACGUCCAGACUGGAAUUGCAGCUGCCCCACCCCCUCAUCCUGGAGCUCCCCAGGUCAUGCUGCUGCACCCCUCACAGACCCAUGGUGGCCCUCCCCAGGGAGGUGUGCCCCAGAGCGGUGUGCCCACUCUUUCAGCCUCCACACCCUCCCCAUACACUUAUAUAGGGCACCACCAAGUUCAGUCUCAUCCUUCCCAGCAACUUCCAUUCCACCCCCCUGGGAACUGAUGUCCGCACUUCUCCCAGUGACCUGAGACCCCAGCCAGCCUUGGCUCCGUCGCUGGCCCCACGCCUGGGCCAGCCCUCAUGUCCAUGGCAGAGGCCCCUGGAGGGGUGCAAUCUGGCCCGGUCCGGACCCCCCUCGCCAAGCACCUUCCUUUCCGUUGGUUUAGUGAAGCCCGCAUGGGGCGCUGUUGGCCAGCGGGACGGAGCAGGGCCCCUUCCCUUCGCCUGGAGAAGGGCAGGGUUUCUUUUCUGUUAUUUAUGACUCCAUUCAGGCUCUUAGAGCAAAUGCCACUGUCCCACAUUAACUUGACAAGGACAUGACCAGAUGGACAAACCUUGACUUUUUAUUAAAUAAAAAUAUUUAAAAAGUAAAAAAAAAACAAUAAAAUUUUAAACUAACUAA